AUGAGGCCGAGCUGUCGGAAGUGGUUUUGCCUGCUUUGCAUCGUCGGCAUUGCCGGCGCGGAAACGGAAGUCACUAAAAUUAUGCGCAAUCUAGACGUAAUACCAGACUUGAUAGACGAAGGGCCGCAGGAGUUCCUCAAUGUCACCUACUCAGGAAAUAUUGAAGCCGAUAAGGGCAUUGAACUGCAACCCAUACAAGUGCGAGACCAGCCAAUGGUUAGCUGGCCUGCAGCCCAAGACAGUUACUACACACUGUUGAUGGUCGAUCCCGAUGUGCCCAGCCGGUAUUCGCCCACGCUAAAGGAGUACCUGCACUGGCUGGUGGUCAAUAUACCGGACAAUCAGCUGAAUCUGGGCGAUGUGCGUGCCGGCUAUAUGGGCUCCAUGCCGCCCGAGGGCAGCGGCCUCCAUCGCUAUGUGUUCCUGCUCUACAAACAGCCCGAGUACAUGAAGUUUAAGAUACCCACAAUGGCCAAACACAAUACCCUCGAUCGGCCCAAGUUCAACACAAAGCAGUUUGCCGAGCUCUAUAUGUUGGGCGCCCCGGUGGCGGGCAACUUCUACACCGCAGCCUGGAGCAAAGAUGUGCCCAACUUGUACGAUGCCAUCUCGUUUGGGAAGGCCAAGGGCAAGAGCUUAUCGUACCGCAUGUUAUAGGAGUCUGAAUUAAGAAUGCAACCGUUGUACAAUUACGAGUAAAUAAAUGUUCCCCAAAUAUUUAAUUGAUAGGUAUAUAUAUACUUAUAAUUUGAUCUGGAAACCCUCCGAGAAUAAAGGAUAUUCCAAUUUAUUCCAUCACAAAAGAUAUA